AUGCGUGGGGAUGGUGGGGAUGCAUUUAUGUAUCACUACGGGCGAGGUUGCUCAAGGGAUCGGGGUAAUACUGGUGCCAGUGCUAAUGCUGGCACCAAUCAAGAGGCCAGGGACCGGAAUGUCCUGUUCCACGCUCCUCAAGCGGAGUCUCCGUUGAUGCCACGAUCCAGAGAGUUGGACCGGUUGGCCGGCACGCCUACCGAACAGGAUCAAAUCCCGUUGUUCGAUUGCAGGAAGAUUUGCCAUCCUGAUUCCGGCACGGAAACUAUCCAUGCUGAGGAAAAACUCUUCACUGAUGCGUUCUUCAAGCAUCGGUGGUACAAUGGUAGCCGUGUACAAGACGGCAAAGCCUUGGUGCAGGGAUGGAAUGCCCUCAUCCACAACAUCGAGCGUAUUGGCCGUGAGGCUUGGCUCGCCAAAGCUGAUGCAGCUCGCAUCAGGUUUGAAAGAACGCAACCCAGUCGGGGCGCGAUGCAAGUUGCACCGGCUAUCAAGAGAGGCAGGAAUACCCUGUCUCUUGGGGGGUGA